CAGUCCCAGCCAGGUUAGCACCGGGCGCCAUCGCUUGAUGUUGCCAAAUUCGCGCUCCUCUGUCCUGCCCCGUCCGGCAUGAGCACCGCGCUCGUCCAACCAUGUCGCAAGCGCCUUUGACGCCCGAGCAGGCCGCCCGCUUCAACGACACCAGACAGCCUGCGCUCUGGGCGAGUUUGUCUGUCUUCCUGCUCAUCAGCAAUGUCACUAUCGUCGGCAGGCUCUGGGCCACAUGGAGGGGCACGUCGCGCCAGAUGCCCGUCAUGGCCGAGGGCAUCUUCAUCGUCAUGAGCGGAGUCCUGUUGAAUGUCAUCAUAGGCAACUUGAUGGCCGCGACGCAUUACGGCCUGGGCCUCCACUUCUGGACCGUCAACGCCCUCGACGAAAACUACCCGCACAAUCUGUCCAAGGCCUUCAUGCAUAUCUGGAUCACCAUGGUGCUGAUGAGCUCCUUCUUUACCUGCAUCAAGCUUACGCUGCUGUUCUUCUAUAAGCGCCUCUUCCUGGUCACCGACACGAAGAUCCGCAUCUUCUGGUGGGCGAACCUCGUCUACGUCAUCCUCUGGUUCUUCGGCGGCACGGGCUUUUACCUUUUCCAGUGCAAGCCCGUUCAGUGGUACUUCCUUCAGUACUACGCCAGGUUCGGGAAGCCCGUCCCCGGGAACUUGACCGGCCAGUGCGAUGCCACCACGGUGGUCCACGUUGCUCUGCCCAUGAUCUUCAGCCUGAUCUCCGACAUUGGACUCAUGGCCUUGCCGCUCUGGGCCAUUUGGGGGUUGCGCCUCAGCAGGUGGAAAAAGAUCGGUCUUCUGGCCGUCUUCGGCAUCGGCUUCGCAGCCUGCCUGCUCGAACUGGCCCGCAUCCUGGCCCUGCUCAUCGACACCGACGACAAAACCGACCCAAGCUAUGGCGUCGCCAACUUCCUUAUCUUCACCGGCGCCGAAGAAACCGCCGCCAUCGUGUGCGCCUGUCUCCCCGUGAUCGGGCCCCAGCUGUACAAGUUGUUCAAGCACCAGGACAAAGGCGCAGGCGCCAGCUACAAGUACGGCUCCAACGCGAGCGCGCGGCUGCGCACGUGGCACACCACCCCGGACGGCUUCCACCGGUUCGACAGCGAGCACCACAUCGGGAUGACCACCGUGGUCCCGGCGGAGGACCCCUCGGGCGCCCCGGGGCACGACAGCGACAUGGUACCCUUGCAGACCAUCGUGUUCGCGGAGAAGGCCGACAGCCACACGCACGCGCUGCGGGACAGCGAGCGGCAGGACCUCGGUCGGCAGGGGACGGACGGCGUCGGCCACCCCAGGCCACCACCGCCGCCUGGCAUCCACGUGCGCACCGACGUCCAGGUCGUGCACUCCGACAUGCCGAUGCCGGGGAGUAAUAACCAGACGACAUACUUGCCGGGAUGAUUCGACGGGUAUAAAAGAGGCGAGAGGGAUACAAGAUACGAUAUGUGAAUGAGAGGCACAGGGACAGUGUAUAUAUUCUACCCCUGAAGUGACCCUUUUUUCCUAUCAAGUGCCAUAUCAUCUGUCUGUGACCGUCACCAAGCACACCUAGACAGUCG